UCAUUUUCCUUCCUGUCUUCGCAAUGAAAUGCCAUCAGGUCACGUAGUGCAGACGUGAGGACGCCAGCAAUGUCUUGGGUGGAGACGCAAGCUGGGUCUUUUCGCCCGUCUUUGAUGCGGCGUGGCUUCAUCAGGCUGCCACCAUUUGUACCGUCUAGGCACCAGUGAACUUAUCUUACAAGGGAUUCCUGCGCACAAUCAUGGACAUCCUUCCUGCUGAACUGGUAGCACAGCUGUGUCGCUUUCUUGACAAGCCUUCUCUGUGCAGUGUGCGCCUUACCUGCAGAGCAUUUGCUAUCAUAGCGGAAGAAUGUCUUUUCCACGACCUGGAGUUUCGCCUGUAUCCCAGCAGUCAUCGCUUGUAUCAGCUAGAACAAUUGGCAGCCAACACCUCGAUAGCAUCUCGGCUCAGUUGUGUUUCCCUUGAAUCUGGCGUGCAACUUGAAUAUGCGGAUUAUCGUUAUUGGCAAGCACAGGUAUAUCACGACAAGAGCCGUACUUGGGAAGCAAGCCUCGCGCCCAAAGGAUCGACGAGCACCCAGUACCUGGAAUUCCACGAGACUCUUCAAGCACGGUUCACAACCGAUCUGCCUCAGAGGUAUGAUCUCUAUCGCUGGCAUCUCGACCAGCAAGCGUCCACGAUGGCGCAGGAACGGGUGAAAGACCUAUUGACACGGACGCUCAAUAAGCUUCACCAGUCCUGCCCCAAGUUGCGCUUUAAGCUGCUCAUGGCUGAGCCUCAGAUUUUUCUGGAACAAUUAGAGGCGUUCAAUCCGGAGGAGUACGCAAGUGAGAAGCCAUAUGAUCCUGACCCACGACGGCGUGUUGUGAAUCGGCGGCAGCAUUGUCUCGCCCAUUUUCUCAAUUUACUCGACGCUGCGAAAAUGUCUGAGUAUGACACCAACGAUCUCACAGCUCUCGAUAUGCCUCACCAACUAUUGACAGUGAAUGGACAUCAUGCUUCCCAGUUGAUGGAAAGAGUAUUUGCCGGUUUGAACAGGCUGGAGUUGAGUGUCAGUGCCUUUCCUCAUAGCGACUGGCUAUCGCGCAAUGAGGGUACAGACAUAUAUAUACAUGGUAGGAACACGGCAGCACGCAGACUAAGAAUGCUGCUAAAUUAUCCUUCCGGCCUUGAGGAAUUGUGUCUUACCUUUCCUUCGGGCAAGGCAGCGGAAUAUUCGUUUGAGCUCUUCGACAGGACGAACAUUGAUCGAUUCCCCCGUCUAUGGCUUCCUCAUUUGAAGGUUUUGACAUUGUGCAACUUUCGAUGCUCCUGGCAGGAUUUGCACCCUUUCCUGUUGGAGGCGAAGCACUUGCGCUCUUUGGUGAUGAAGAAUUGUUGGUUGGAGACAUGCUCAAUGAUAGAUGUCCUCGAACUCCUGACGACGAGGCGCCUAGCACGUGCAGAAGUUCUCGGGCACUGGUACGUCGAGGAAGAUUCUGGUCAGUGGCAUUUCCAUGAAGACCGCGACUUCACGAAGUGCUCUGCAGCAACCUCUUAUGAAGGCCCAUAUGUGCACUCUGGCUUGCUGGCGAAGGUGCAAGACUACAUACACGGCCUUUCCAAGUGUCCGUUACCGCGGUGGACUACGCAAGGCCAUGCUGGAACUUUAUGGGAAACGCUAGGAGACACAAUGAAAAGUACCCAACUGCCUAGAUGUCCGGCAGAAUUGUUCACUGCCCGACACGCCGAUCCUCUGAUGGAGGAAAUUAGGCUCGUCCUGCAGCACUACUCCUGCAACUUGUCUCUACAAUUAGCAAGGCCUUCAGAUUUAUCACAACGAGUGCUGCAUCACAGAGCGCACUCAAUCAUUCACGAACACCGUCGUCCCAUUCAUUGAGCAAAGCUCUAUUCCUUAGCCAGCGCGACCGCCGCAUUCGUCUAUCACACGCGGAUCCGCUUUCUACGACCGUUCUCGAACGCACUCUAUUCUGCAUAACGAUCAAAGUCUCGAACGGACAAGAUGGACCGAACCCAAGCAGAGGCUGAUAUUCGAGGAGGCGAAUUGCGCUAUC